AUGACUAUCCCUCAAACAGCUGCUCAGCCUUCCGAUGGCAGUCAGCAUCGAUCGCUACGCCAGCUGAAUAACCAAACAACUGCGACUUUAUCCCAAGAGCGGAGCACCAUGUUGCCUCCAGAUAUUCCUCCUACCAACCCUCUCCCAAAGCCAAAUUUCUCAUGGACGGCUGAUCCAGCUCUCGCCAGCCAAGUCAACGACCUACCGCCUCGCUACAAUCUUCAUCAGUUUCCUCCAACACCUCCAGCAUUACACAGUCCUCAAGUUGAUUCGGGAUCGUACUUCGAUCAGAGCCAUCACGCCCCUCCGGAUCAUAAUUCGCAUGCAGCUACUCAUUCGUCCCUCACGGAACAGCCACCACGCUUGUUUGCCUCACGCUUUCCAAGAUGGGGAACAUGGCUCGAAAAACGUGCGUUGGAACGACACUAUGCUCAGCUAGAUUCUCAACAGCUAGGUGAUCAACAUCUUGCUACUCCACGCGCAUCAGAGACACCAAAUAGAAAGAAAAGCUGGGGCGCUUGGAUCAACGACCCUGAUGCCGUCAACGAUGACUUUCCGUCUUCCUCUGCACCACAAACGCAAGCGACACCCGUCGCGUCCUCGCUGCCUUCGCUCCACGUAUCCCAAUUCGGUUCUCGUUUCAUCCCGCACCUCUCUGCACAGCCGCUGUGCAGCAUCCUCGUCGAAAUUCCACCGCCUCUCUCUAGUCGGUCUCGAUCAAAUCGUGAUACCAGGAGACGUAUUCUUCUCGUGGGCACAGUGCAAGGCCUGUUUGCAUUUCAGUUCCGUAACACGCAGGCUUCGACUACCAGUGUCUCCCCGACCACCUCGCCACCGAGCCCAACCGAACCCAUUCAUCAAUGGAACGACAACGUGCGAUGUAUCCCUGUGUGGACCGGAUUGGCUGUAUAUCAGAUGAGUGUCUUGUCAUCUCACGAUCAAACCACCUUCAAGAGUGCGCAUGACUCACAGUCUGGAGCCAACACAGGCUCAGGUGUCUUACUCGCCCUCACCUCCCCCUCUACCGCCAAGGACGGGUUCUUGACCUCUUCCCUCAUGCAACUAAGUGCCCACGCUGGCUCGGUCCUGGAAAGUGUGGCUACCUCGGCUGCUUUCCCCCCGGGUUCAUCCAACUCCAGCCAAAGCAGCCACGGCAUUCCUGAUACAAACGAAGGGGUCGCUGCUGCCAAUUUUGGCUCUACAUCUGGAGGAGGGCCCGGGCGUGCCGUUCCCCCCGGCGGCACUGGCCUGGUGAGGAUGUGGCAUUUGCAGGCAAUCAGGGAGCUUCUCGUUUAUGCACUCGACAGACACGAUGCUCAGAUUCCGAUCAAUCUCGCUGCAGCAUCCGGAAUUCAAGCAGCAGACAAGCGACCAGGUCUUGGCUCUCUUUUUAGGAGGACGUUUUCCCGGCAAAGGGGCAGGUCGGAAGCCAAGAUACCAGCACAUGAACGAAGCAACUCUAGUACCUUUAUGUCUACAAAUAUGCAAACCUCACCAAACCCAGGUAGAAACGACAUGUCUCCGACGCGCUCUCCACCUUCUUUGCAGACUUCGCCGGACUUUCGCAAUCAUGAAGACGCGCAUGAGCAAAAUCUUCGACCCGAGCCAAGCCGAAAAGCGUCCCGUAAUCAAGAACACAAUCCGAGCUCACCGCAUAGAUCACCCUCAUCGACAAAACAUCCGACUGACCCUGCACACGCUGCCGCCGUACGCCUCGCCUUAAGCUCGGUGCCUAUACAGCCCCCUUCCCACGUUACCGCUGCAUCGCACGGUAGCAACGCUUCCUUUUCCUCGCUGUUCGCCGACGAUCUCCUCCAAUCCUUUUCAGGCGCCCGCCAAGGGGGAGCGAAGGGCAAGGAUCGCGAAAUUGGUGUGCAGGCUGCUUCCAAGGGUGUUCUAUUCUUCUCGGUCCACGAGGCCGACAAGAACACCAAGGCAUCCGGUACAUGGUAUCUAGCCAUAGCAUACGCUCGCAGCGUGUUAGUCUACGAGGCUGCAGCCACUGCCAGAGGCACAUCAUCGAGAGCUUGGUCAUUUCUGAAAGAGUUUUACGCGCCUUUCCCUAUCAAAGCCGUUGCUUUCGCCCCUGCAGCGGUCUCGGACGAGCUUCAUGCUUUCGCGAACCUUGGCCCCUUACCCACCAGCACAGGACCGACCAAGCUAAGAGUGGCAUCUGCCGAAGGUACUCUCACGUCGAAAAAGGGAUCUAAUCGCGACCAGGGGCCUGCAAGUGGUAGCUCGAGCCCUGUCAGCACACAUCGCGGGAGUGCUGUUAGUGCUGCUCCCGCGUCCUGGCACAAAGCUGACCUUUGUCUUUUGCUCGGCUUCGGUCGGAGGGCGGUGCUGGUACGCCUGAGGGAUUCUAACGUACGCGAGAUGGAAGUCAGACCGCUGGCUCAACUCAUGGCUGCCGCCGCUGAUGACAGUGCGACUCGACUGUCACUCCAGCCUUACGCUGUACCGGCUUCCGCUGGCUACCAAUCAAGUCAGGAUCGUUCGCGACCCUUAAGCAUGGUUGGCGAUGUAGAACUGUCCACAGAACGCCUGCCGCCAAGCACUUCCUCACACUCACGCACAGGGUCUAUCGAGCAAAAGCUUCGAGACGCCAUUCUCGACAAACGGUCAAGCAAGCACAAUUGGGUGGGCUUUUCCGCCAUUGAAGCGCGCAUCUACGUUCGACAGCGGUUUGUCCCGGUGGAAAGGCGCCGCGAUGCGAUCAACGAAAUGUGGCCGCUCGCUUCAGAGAUGUGGGGACCUUCACCAGUAGGUCUUUCGAUGGCCAGGAACGUGGGUGUUGCCAUGCCGACCUCUCCGGCAGCAGCGGACAAGGCUCUUCCCCGGGUACCCGCGCCACAGAAUGUACCCUUCGAUCGACGCUUCUCAAGGUUGCACCUAUCCGAGCAACAGUCGCAAUACCACGAACAGCUUCAGGCCGAGAGCAGCAGCGACAGUGACGACGAUCUUGGCCCUAUCGAUACGCGAGAGCGAGCAGCAAAGUAUCAGCUGACAGAUCCUGGCCCUCUGCCUCCCGCGAACGGUGCAAGAGCUCACGCUGACGUCCACUGCACGACACCGAAGCGUGCGUCGUCGUUAGCCUCUACCGAGCUUGUCUCUGCCAAGUUGGCACUUGCGUCGAAAGGCGGCCUGACGCACAUUCUGUCGCUUCCAUUGGCAGCAGAGGUCGCUCAAGCUGCACCUCUUGCAGUCGUUCAGUGGUCUGAUACACCUAAUGCUGUCUCGGGAUGGGCGCGAGUGUUGGGUGUCGAACGCGCCACUUCGCGAGGACCUGCGCCGUUUGGUGCACAGAACGACGCCACGCGGGCGUCCAGCAUCGACGCUCGGCGCCGGAUGGACAGGCUGGUGCUGCAGGUGGGCGUGACGUGCGUUGCAUUCAUGGCAAGUCGCAUCGAAGCGAGAAAAGUGUCGUUCAAGGUCGAGGUCGAGGUGAACUUCGACGUGUUGCCUCAUAGCGAGCUCGAGCCGAUCGCGAUUUCGCCUGAUACAGGGUAUACCCGCGCCGAUGGCUGCUCAGCAGGCUUGAUAAGUGAGGCCGAUAUCGACGAUUCAGGCAGCGGUGAGUGGCCUGCGCGGGCAGGCGCGACGCGCUUCGGCUACCCACCUAUGCACACGCCAGGACAAGCGUCUCGCCACCCCAUCGGUAAUAGCGCUGUCAGCCGAGAACUGGAAUACCUAUGUGCACCGCUGCUCACCCUCCAUCCUGUCGACUUGGACGUUCACAGCUGCGGUGCACAGUCGCACGUCCUGCCGCUCGCACCAGCAGCUGGAUACAAAUCGACAUGCCACGCCAUGCUACCACAUCUCGGCGGUGACGCUCCGAUCAUCGCAUUUGACUGGCGCGGUGCGGAUGAUUUCCGCAUCUUCACCGUCGGCAUCGCUGGUUAG